GAGAGGCCAGAGCAGAGGAGACGGCAACCCACUCCAGGUCUCCACCCCAGCCAGAGAGCCCUGGAGCCUGGAGGGACGGGGUCGGAGCAAGGCUGAAUUCCAGGAAGAAGCCAUCCCAGCCGCGUGUCGCCUCCUUCCACACCUCAGUCACCCGUUCUAUAAAUACGCGCCACCGCGUAAACCGCGAAGAAAAAGUAAAAGGGAGGAAAAGGGUCCGGUGUGGCGACGAUGGAGAGGGGCGGCGGCGGCGGAGACGAGAUGAUGAUGACCUCGGGCGCGACGGGCCGGAUCGUGCCGGUGUUCCGCUCCGUGCUGUCGCGGCGCGCUCUGCUCCGCGUCGCCGUGGCGCUGCACUCGCUCUUCCUCUGGCUGCUGCUCCUCGCCCGCGGCCUCCGCCGGCACCGGGCGGGGACCGGCGCCGACGCGUCGGCGUCGGAGGCGGGGGCUGGGGCCGGGACCUGGAGCGCGCGGCGGUGGCGGCUGCGGCUGCAGGCCGCGGAGGAGGAGGACGUGCGCCGCCGCAGGGCGCUCGCGGAGGAGGUGCCCAUGGAGGAGGACCGGGGCACUAGGUGGGCCACCUUCCUCGUCACCGGGGCCAGGAGGAACGCGCUUUUCUGCCGCCUCUGGGCGCCGGCCGUCGACGAGAUGAGGGGCAUUUUGGUCAUCAUACAUGGCUUGAAUGAGCACAGUGGAAGGUACGUGCACUUUGCUGAGCAGCUGACAGCAUGUGGUUUCGGAGUAUACGCAAUGGAUUGGAUAGGGCAUGGUGGAAGCGAUGGCCUGCACGGCUAUGUGCCUUCACUAGAUUACGUCAUCGAAGACAUCGAAGUGCUUGUUGACAGAAUUCUGAUGGAGAAUCCAGGGGUCCCUUGUUUCCUCCUCGGCCACUCCACCGGUGGGGCUGUCGUCCUGAAGGCAUCUCUGUACCCUCACAUCAGGGAGAAACUGGAAGGCAUCGUUCUGACAUCGCCCGCGCUGCGUGUGAAGCCUGCGCAUCCUAUUGUUGGGGCUGUGGCGCCGAUCUUCUCUCUGGUGGCGCCCAGGUUCCAGUUCAAGGGCGCCAACAAGAGGGGCAUCCCGGUGUCCCGCGACCCCGCGGCGCUGCUGGCCAAGUACUCGGACCCGCUGGUGUACACGGGGCCGAUCAGGGUGCGGACGGGGCACGAGAUCCUGCGCAUCUCCUCCCACCUGCUGCACCGCCUGGAGAAGGUCACCGUCCCGUUCCUGGUGCUGCACGGCACCGCCGACCGGGUCACGGACCCGCUGGCGUCGCGCGAGCUCUACGGCGCGGCGGCGUCCGCGCACAAGGACCUGCGCCUGUACGACGGGUUCCUGCACGACCUGCUCUUCGAGCCCGAGCGCGACGAGGUCGGCGCCGAGAUCGUCGCCUGGAUGGACGGGAUGCUCCGGCUCCGGCGGCAGGCUGGAUGAAGGGAUGGCCGUGCUGCUUCUCUCCUUCUAGGUGGUGUUCCUCUCCAAAGUAUAAUAAUAGAUUUGUGUGCCAAGAUAAGAUGGAUGCAUUUGUGCUGUGGAACUACGUUACGUAUCUAUUUAUAUUUAUAACAGCGGGGUAAAAGGGUCGUUUUGUUUUGGUGCCCGGUUUUUUUUGUCAGUAUUAUUCUGCUAGGCUGUUCUAGCAAAACUGUCAGUGUCAUUGCGUUGAGCUGGUGACCGUUGUCAAAUUGGGUUUAGCAUUAUGGGCUGUGAUAUGAAACUGACUUGUUGCA